AUGAGUGUGUCUACCGCCAAGAGGUCGCUGGAUGUCGUUUCUCCGGGUUCAUUAGCGGAGUUUGAGGGUUCAAAAUCUCGUCACGAUGAAAUAGAAAAUGAACAUAGACGUACUGGUACACGUGAUGGCGAGGAUAGCGAGCAACCGAAGAAGAAGGGUAGCAAAACUAGCAAAAAGCAAGAUUUGGAUCCUGAAACUAAGCAGAAGAGGACUGCCCAAAAUCGGGCCGCUCAAAGAGCUUUUAGGGAACGUAAGGAGAGGAAGAUGAAGGAAUUGGAGAAGAAGGUACAAAGUUUAGAGAGUAUUCAGCAGCAAAAUGAAGUGGAAGCUACUUUUUUGAGGGACCAGUUAAUCACUCUGGUGAAUGAGUUAAAAAAAUAUAGACCAGAGACAAGAAAUGACUCAAAAGUGCUGGAAUAUUUAGCAAGGCGAGAUCCUAAUUUGCAUUUUUCAAAAAAUAACGUUAACCACAGCAAUAGCGAGCCAAUUGACACACCCAAUGAUGACAUACAAGAAAAUGUUAAACAAAAGAUGAAUUUCACGUUUCAAUAUCCGCUUGAUAACGACAACGACAACGACAACAGUAAAAAUGUGGGGAAACAAUUACCUUCACCAAAUGAUCCAAGUCAUUCGGCUCCUAUGCCUAUAAAUCAGACACAAAAGAAAUUAAGUGACGCUACAGAUUCCUCCAGCGCUACUUUGGAUUCCCUUUCAAAUAGUAACGAUGUUCUUAAUAACACACCAAACUCCUCCACUUCGAUGGAUUGGUUAGAUAAUGUAAUAUAUACUAACAGGUUUGUGUCAGGUGAUGAUGGCAGCAAUAGUAAAACUAAGAAUUUAGACAGUAAUAUGUUUUCUAAUGACUUUAAUUUUGAAAACCAAUUUGAUGAACAAGUUUCGGAGUUUUGUUCGAAAAUGAACCAGGUAUGUGGAACAAGGCAAUGUCCCAUUCCCAAGAAACCCAUCUCGGCUCUUGAUAAAGAAGUUUUCGCGUCAUCUUCUAUACUAAGUUCAAAUUCUCCUGCUUUAACAAAUACUUGGGAAUCACAUUCUAAUAUUACAGAUAAUACUCCUGCUAAUGUCAUUGCUACUGAUGCUACUAAAUAUGAAAAUUCCUUCUCCGGUUUUGGCCGACUUGGUUUCGAUAUGAGUGCCAAUCAUUACGUCGUGAAUGAUAAUAGCACUGGUAGCACUGAUAGCACUGGUAGCACUGGCAAUAAGAACAAAAAGAACAAUAAUAAUAGCGAUGAUGUACUCCCAUUCAUAUCCGAGUCACCGUUUGAUAUGAACCAAGUUACUAAUUUUUUUAGUCCGGGAUCUACCGGCAUCGGCAAUAAUGCUGCCUCUAACACCAAUCCCAGCCUACUGCAAAGCAGCAAAGAGGAUAUACCUUUUAUCAACGCAAAUCUGGCUUUCCCAGACGACAAUUCAACUAAUAUUCAAUUACAACCUUUCUCUGAAUCUCAAUCUCAAAAUAAGUUUGACUACGACAUGUUUUUUAGAGAUUCAUCGAAGGAAGGUAACAAUUUAUUUGGAGAGUUUUUAGAGGAUGACGAUGAUGACAAAAAAGCCGCUAAUAUGUCAGACGAUGAGUCAAGUUUAAUCAAGAACCAGUUAAUUAACGAAGAACCAGAGCUUCCGAAACAAUAUCUACAAUCGGUACCAGGAAAUGAAAGCGAAAUCUCACAAAAAAAUGGCAGUAGUUUACAGAAUGCUGACAAAAUCAAUAAUGGCAAUGAUAACGAUAAUGAUAAUGAUGUCGUUCCAUCUAAGGAAGGCUCUUUACUAAGGUGUUCGGAAAUUUGGGAUAGAAUAACAACACAUCCGAAAUACUCAGAUAUUGAUGUCGAUGGUUUAUGUUCCGAGCUAAUGGCAAAGGCAAAAUGUUCAGAAAGAGGGGUUGUCAUCAAUGCAGAAGACGUUCAAUUAGCUUUGAAUAAGCAUAUGAACUAA